UGAAUGACUGGCUGCAUAAUAUUAUUCGGUCGCGCAGUCCUCCAAGACUCCUUCUCUCUCAUGCGCCUUGCUCGACCGUCAUUUGCCAUGUUCCAGCUCCCUGUCACUUGCAACCGCCACUGUGAUACUUUUGCUGGCGCAGCGUUGUUGCGACGACUCGAUCCACGACCGCGGCCUUAGCAUCCCACGUAUAGACUCGUUGUCGCACAACAUCGUAUGUGUUUGUUACUAGACAGCAUGCACGGAAUCGCACACUGCGCAACAUUCGAAAUUCUGCCCCUCUUCUGCUCCGCUCUUGGUUCACGCUGGCCCAUGCAAUACCAGAUACAUUGACUGUACAGCCACUUCUGCCAGGAUCGCCUGCAACCCUGCGCGAACACGUAGCAUGACAGACCGCAGAGCCGCUGUUGACGGCGCCUUUGACCGUACCCGACACCAUAGCCCAGCUUCAGAGACUCGUUCGGCUUUAAUCCAGAGCAGCCUUGGCUCGGAUGUUUCAACUGCUUCUGCGAAUUUUCGACGACGCUCUUCGCAUACAAGACCGGCUACAGAUGUUGCGGCUGAAUAUUCGUCCAGGUCAUGGUUAGGCGCCAAUGAGGACGACAUUUUUAAGGCCAAAAGAGGUCAGACCAAAAUUCGUAGAACCACCAAUGUUCCAACCGUCGCUUCCUCAGAGCUCUCCCCGUCGGACACAGGAAAGGAAACAGGCGGUUUCCUACCAAAGCUCGGUCGUAUACUAGAAGGAAAGGAGAGCAAAGCCUCCAGACAAAGGCGAGACUCUAUUGUCAGCUCAAUGGAUGGCCAUACCCCACGCCGUGGGAAUCGAUCCGUGGAUGCCGCUGCAUUGAGGCACCGCUCGGUCAGGCAAAGAAAGAACCCAAUGCAACGCGUUGAGAAGAACCUUGCAAAUUUGCACAACCCAUCUCUGAUUUCUGUCCUUUCUGGACUCACGCAUCAAUCUAACGCGUCAAAUGAAAGCAACUCGACAAUCACCCAACAGUCGUACGACAAGAAAGUAAUCGCCAAGCGAAAGCCUAUGAAAAGCAGGACUCAACCUCCAGCGAAGAGGCCGAGCUCUACACGUGACUCUACAAGCAUGGCAUCGCCAAGUGUGUUCCAGUACAUGGACCCGACAACGGAGCCAGUCGCGUUCAACCAGAAGCAACACCAGGCAAGCCAUUCAUCAAGUGCUUCAUCCUCAUCCACGGAUUCUGAGCACGAUGAUGUUUCUUUGACCGCCGAGGAUCCGGUGGUCGAGUCACCGCCAACCUCGCCAGCGUCAAUGCGGAGACCAAAUGCCGAAGACUCUUACGAAGAUGAUGAGACUGACUCAGAACCACACCCGAAUUCAGGACCCACCCUUCAGCCCACUGUGAGUGAACCGACAGACGACAGCGAGGGGCAGGACGAUAAUGCUGAGGAGGACGACGAAAGUAGCAGUGAUUCAACAGGAAAGCAAAAUAGCAGAGCCUCAACUGCUGCUAGACCUUCACGUCGGGCGUCUCCCGCGGACCGCAUGGCUUUGGAGCGUGUGCCCCCGCCGAGAGUUCCUUCUACAGCUUCCUCUCACCACUCCGACCGUCACAUAAGGCGUCUUAAGCGGCAGGAACAGGCCCUCGCUGAGCACAUCCUGCAAAAUCCCCAACCCCAUAGGGACUUCCACUUCACGGGAGCACCAUCUCCACACUACCCUCCGACAAUGCCUCUCUACGAUCCGUAUUCCCAGUCGGGAGCUUCACCUGUCAGCUUUGCCCCUACAGCACACUAUGCUCCUCCAGCGGCCCCUCCUCCACCCCCACCUGCGCCUCCAGUAUCACAAGCGAUAGGAUACUAUUCGCCUCCCCAUGCACCUUCAGCCCCAUACUCACCAGGGUAUGACAACCAAUUCGCCGUGGCAGCUCGGCCACCGAUGGCUUCUAGUGCAGUGGCACAGUCCACUCAGGCUCAAUACUCGCCUAUGCAACCACACUACCAUCAGGUCCGUCCACCAGGACCGGAUUUGUCCAAAACCACCAUGGUUGGGUACGAGCUACUUGCAGACAAACUGAGCAAGGGUUCGGAGGAUAGUCAAGCCAAGUCUGGGGAAGAAGCUGUAGCACCUAUGUAUCGAAAGUUCGAAAACCUUAACCAUCGUGUCCUGCUCCACCUACAGGACGAAAUCGCGGAACUAGAGGAGGAAUUACGCUAUCUAGACGAGUGCAUUGCGCAGUGCUCGCCGAGAGAUCAUGCGGGACGCCACCACCCUGCGUCUCGGCGCGGCGAUGCACGCUACGGAGGUGAGCUGCAUUACCGGAGGACAGAAUUGCUGGGACGCAUCUAUCUGAAGCUGGGGCAAUACAAUUCAGCACUGACCUCUUUUAACACCAUGGUGAAAACGUUGGACCCCGCCAACGCCGAAGAUGUUCAGGCCUACCGUUCAUGGAUGGAAAAGUGCACACCGAUUGACCAUACGGAAACGAGGUUUCUGGAACACAAGAACGAUUUACUUACAGUCUCCGAGGGAGGGUCAGCAAGCACAGUUGGUGGCGUGAUACCCCGCCAAUCUGGAGCAAUAUGGCUUCCGCUGGUGCUCGUCCUGCCUCUGAUGGCAUUCGCGAUAGUGCCCGGCUUGCUCGGGAGACUGGUCAUCUUAAGCUUGACUGGGGCGGCGAUCAUGAAGCUGAUAGCGUCCACCAAAGAGCUGAUGGACAUGAUGACGGCUCAUGAGUGGGCAGGUUGUUUCUCUGUUUAUUUUGGAUUUAUGGCGCUUCUUGCGGCAUUGGCUCACUGACUCGAGCGAACGCCACUGCGGAGUCGAUAUUGAUCGACCAGGCACGCGCGCCGCACAGACAGGUACGGCCGCGACAUGGCUCUCAGGGACCGCGGCACUUGCUCGGACAUUGCAUGUUAUAGACUUUUUUUUUUACGAGUCCUUUGCUGCGCAUCACAAUUGUUUUUCUUAUGCGUUUAUGAAGCGUGGAUCUGCACUGCAUGCUUGGCGGGGCGAUAGACGGACAUAUCUGGGCACGAUCACUCGUUAGGGGUUUCCUCUGCGGGGAGCGCUAUGCAAUGGUGUGCUGACGAUGGUGAUGAUGGGUCCCUGACGAUACGGGCGUUCGAAGAGAGAUGUUCGGAUAAGGAGCUUGGCGUGCAGAAGUGAGCGGAAUGACCGGCGCAAUGGACCUGCAAUUGAGGCUUCGACACGGG